UUCCAAACGCUAUGAGUGUUCCCGAAAGUGCUGUGGGUUCAGAAACCGAACUGCUACAAUGUCCCUAUGAAAUAUCUCAUAUGAUUAUGCGCAAACGUUUUCAAGUUCAUUUGGUGCGCUGUCGUAAAAAUCAUCCCAAAGCUGAGGUGGUGACUUGUCCUUUUAAUGUCACCCAUCGUGUUAAUAAAGUCGAAUUGGAGUGGCAUCUUUCCAAUUGCUUUGAUCGCAAAAGUUUUGAAAAUUUCCGUAAUCGCCCAGCUCCUGUCGUCGGCCUUAGCUCAUCCAUAGAUCGUACUUUCUGUGAAAGUGAUGCCACCAAUCGUAGCUUAUCCAUAAGUCUUGCCAGUGAUGUUACUAUUGUGGGUGGUGAAUUUGUAGAGCCAACAGAGUCGUGGGAUGAUGAACCACAAGUUCCAAGCUAUAAUCCAACCGAUUAUAUACAUAAAGCUGAUGUAUUGCGUAUGCCCGUAGGAAUGACACCAUCCGAACGAAAUGCUUUUCGUUUGGCCGAACGAAAACGUUUACAGUCGUUAGCAAAAUAA